AUGAGUAAACAAGCGCACAUCACAGAAACAGAACCCAUUGAACAACAUGAUAGUGGGUUUAUGGAACCCAUGCAAAUGUUUAAAACAUUUCCACACAAUGAUACAUUUGUUGACAACCGUGUUUUUACGUUAAAUGCAAACCCUGCUGAGACGACGUCUGAUGUGUAUACAUUUGUACAUCACAAGCAAGAUUACAGUAUUUUAAAUUUAGAAGAUGCAACAAUUCAAGCAACAAUUAGUCUUAAAGCGAAUAAUGGUGCAAAUCUUGGCGCCGAUCAAAUUGUUACCAUAAACCCUUUGCCGUUACAUACAGCAUGGAAAACAAAAGAAAUAUUUUUUAACAAUCAAGUGGUAAAUACAAUAUCAACACAGGAAAAUGAGCUUGCCUACAUAGAUCAUUUACUUCGUGAGGUACCCUCGGGUUAUUUGCCGGAAAAGGAAGUUAAUCUUGCCAUUCACGACACGCCAGGUCAUUUUGAUUCAAUUAUACACUUCAACGAUGCUACUGAAGACACUUUAGUAAACAAAGGUGCAAAUGAAAGAUAUCAGGCCUGUAAUCAGGCUACAGCAUUAAAAUGUUACGACCGAAUUGAUUUGAUGUGUCAAAGCAAACGGUUUAUACCUACCUCGCACAAAAUUAAAAUUAUUUUACGUCGUGCUGAUAAAACAAAAAUAUUGUUUGGCAAUGCUGGACAUUGUGGUGUGGCAAAUGUUCAUUUUGAUGAUUUUAAAAUUACUAUUCCGGGUAUGAAACCAAAAUUACAAUUGAGUGAAGCAAUUAAUCAGGCAAUGAUUUAAAAUGGUGAAGAGGGUAAAUAAUAUGUAACAACCCAUCGUUUUGUACCCACACCUGUGUUGGCACAAACACAACGCAUAGAUUUAAAUUAUCUAUUUACAGGUGCACGCCCCACAAGGGUUAUCACAUAUAUGAAAUUGCAAACUAGAUAUAAUGGCGCACACAACCUUAACCCUAAUUUAAUAGCAUUCCCUGAUUUACAAUUUUAUGGAUUAAAAAUUAACGAGGCUUUUGUACAACCUUUGGUUCAAAAUUCUCGUGAAGCAUAUCAUAAUUUUCGAACCAUUUUGAAUCGUCACUAUGAUGAAAUGCCAUUUUCUCACAAGGAUUAUCAAAGCAGUUACGGUAUUAUUGUAACUGAUUUGUCAGAAAAUAAAGAUAGUUUUAAUCAGGUUUUACCAAAUUCUACCAGCGGUGUAAUAAGUUUGGAAAUGAGGUUUAAUCAACCUUUGGCACAUCAAUAUCAGUUAAUCAACAUUGCGGAAUUUCGUAAUCAAUUGUCUGUUGGCUAUCAAAAUCAAGCACACACGAAAUAUGACUUUUAA